AUGCAUAUGGUUUUUAUAUUUGUAGAUGUGUCUCAAAUACAUAUGAUCAAGAAAUUACAGACAAAAGGAGACAGUGGUAAAGAAGAAAUUUUUCAAAGAGUGGUAUUUGGAAGAGCCGAAAGCCAUGAAAUCGAAGAUUUUUUCCUCAGAAAGAUACGGGAAAAUAUGUAUGAUUUUGAGUGUCUGUGGACAGAUGAUGAAAGAAAUGACAGAGGAACCUCUAUAUCCCAUAACAACAAUCUCACCGAUAGAAGAGCUCAUGAUAGUAGAAGUGAUGCAGGAAAUAAGCCUGUUGAAAGGCAUGGAUCAAGCUUUCAGGAUCAGUUGCAGAUACUUGACUCUGAAGGGACAGUUUCUGAAUGUAGUCAGGUUGUGGCAAAUAUCAACAGUAGCGCCUCAGGUUUACCACCUCAGAGAACUCGUAGUGUCCGUAAAGGCAAUUCUCAUAAACAAGCGAGUGCUGUUAUACAUCCCUCAGAACUGGUACCAGACCAGGAAGCACACAAGAAAAAAUCUUACAGUUGUAAUGAGUGUAACAUAACUUUUCUUCAGGACUCAGAACUCACUAGACAUCAAAGAAUCCAUACAGGAAGAAAAGCAUAUAAAUGUAACAUAUGUUGUAAGACUUUUAAUGAUAAAUCGACCCUUAUAGUUCAUCAGAGAAAUCAUACUGGAGAAAAACCAUAUAAAUGUGAUGUGUGUGGCCACUGCUUUAAACAGCAUACACACCUACAACAUCAUCGGCGAGUUCAUACUGGAGAGAAACCAUAUAAAUGUGAUGUGUGUGGAAAGGCCUUUAGUCGAAAAGCAAGGCGUACAGUUCAUCAGACCCUUCAUACUGGAGAGAAACCGUAUACAUGUGAAGUAUGUGGCCGUGGCUAUACUCGAAAGUCACACCUUGGAAUUCAUUGCAGAGUUCAUACUGGAGAGAAACCAUAUAAAUGUGAUGUGUGUGGAAAGGCCUUUAGUGUAAAUGACAGGCUUGUAGUUCAUCAGAGAGUUCAUACUGGAGAGAAACCAUAUAAAUGUGAUGUGUGUGGAAAGGCCUUUAGUGUAAAUGAAAGGCUUGUAGUUCAUCAGAGAGUUCAUACUGGAGAGAAACCAUAUAAAUGUGAUGUGUGUGGCAAGGCCUUUAGUGUAAAUGUAAGGCUUGUAGUUCAUCGGACAGUUCAUACUGGAGAGAAGCCGUAUACAUGUGAAGUAUGUGGUCGUGGCUAUACUCAAAAGUCAAUAUUUUUAAUUCAUCAGAGAAUUCAUACUGAAGAGAAACCAUAUAAAUGUGAUGUAUGUGGCAAGGCCUUUAGUGUAAAUUCAAGGCUUGUAGUUCAUCAGAGAGUACAUACCGGAGAGAAACCAUAUACAUGUGAUGUGUGUGGAAAGGCCUUUAGUCGAAAAGCAAGGUGUACAGUUCAUCAGACCCUUCAUACUGGAGAGAAACCAUAUACAUGUGAAGUAUGUGGCCGUGGCUAUACUCGAAAGUCAAUACUUGUAAUUCAUUGGAGAAUUCAUACCGGAGAGAAACCAUAUAAAUGUGAUGUAUGUGGCAAGGCCUUUAGUCUAAAUUCAAGGCUUGUAGUUCAUCGGAGAGUACAUACUGGAGAGAAACCAUAUAAAUGUGAUGUGUGUGGCAAAGCCUUUAGUCUAAAUGCAAGGCUUGUAGUUCAUCAGAGAGUUCAUACUGGAGAGAAACCAUAUAAAUGUGAUGUAUGUGGCAAGGCCUUUAGUUUAAAUUCAAGGCUUGUAGUUCAUCGGAGAGUACAUACUGGAGAGAAACCAUUUAAAUGUGAUCUAUGUGGCAAGGCCUUUAGUGUAAAUUCAAGGCUUAUAGUUCAUCGGAGAGUUCAUACUGGAGAGAAACCAUAUAAAUGUGAUGUAUGUGGCAAGGCCUUUAGUCAAAAAGCAAGGUGUACAGUUCAUCAGACCCUUCAUACUGGAGAGAAACCGUAUACAUGUGAAGUAUGUGGCCGUGGCUAUACUCAAAAGUCAAAACUUGUAAUUCAUGGGAGAAUUCAUACCGGAGAGAAGCCCUUUAAAUGUGAUGUGUGUGGCAAGGCCUUUAGUGUAAAUGCAAGGCUUGUAGUUCAUCGGAGAGUUCAUACUGGAGAGAAACCAUAUAAAUGUGAUGUGUGUGGAAAGGCCUUCAGUCAAAAUUCAGGCCUUGUAGUUCAUCAGAGAGUUCAUACUGGAGAGAAACCAUGUAAAUGUGAUGUAUGUGGACAGGCCUUUAGUCGAAAUUCAAUCCUUUCAAUUCAUAAGAGAAUUCAUACUGGAGAGAAACGUUACAAAUGUAACAAUUAG